AGACGCAUCUCGAUGGAUGAGAGCAACAUGGUCUUCCCUUUGGCCGCGCAGCUGGACUCCUUCAAGUACUGCGGGCUGCAGAGCUUAGUCAAGAGCGUGGGCCUCCGGGCUAACCUCCGGGGAGACAAACUUUUAAAAUCAUUGAAAGAACACUUUCAACAGGAGCUCAAGAAAGAAAAUGAGAGUCAGAAGGGUAAACGUAAUAUUUCUGCUUCCGUUCAUGAGGAGAUGGAAAUGCUUGAUGGCAAUGAAGAAAAAUCUGACCAGAAAACCAUGGUUGCAUCUGUCACUUCACCCCUGGGAAGAGCCAAAGUAGGCCGAAGAAACAGUGGCUCCAAGCAGGAUCAUUCAGAGAUGAUAGAAAGUGACCAUCCUGGGUCCCCCAGACAGAAAAAAUAUCAAAAGGAGGAUCUUUUAGCUGUCACAGAGGCCAGAAAGCCAUCCAAAGACAACCAAAAGAACAAGCAAACAAUUUGCUCUGAAGAAAAUGAAAUGGAAGGUGAUACUCUUUUAACUAUCCCUUCAGGAGGAAAGAGCCCUAAUGGUACGGAUGGUUUAUCCAAACCAAAGAAGAGGAAAACAAUAUUUACAGCUCCAAAUUUUAAGAAGAUUCAUGAAGCUCAUUUUAAGGAAAUGGAAUCUAUUGACAAGUAUAUUGACCAAAAAAAGAAGCGUAUGGAAGUCCUUAACAACUCAGCGAAGGAACUAAAGAUAUUAGCUAAAAAAGCUAAACUAACUGGAACUCCCCACAGUAAUUCCAAGAAAAGAUCAGCUAGCAUGAGGGUGAUAAGCCCAGUUCUUCAGAGAGGCAGGCCCUCUUCUACGCACACUCCUGUGAGCCCCCGACGUUCACUUCGUGCAUCUCUUGGGACUGCGAAUCAAAGUAUCUUGUGUCAGAAACUGUUCAAGCCAUCUACCCUCUCAACUAACAAAAUGAAUGUCAAGUUCUCAGAGGCUACUAAAGAUAAUGAGCAUAAACGCUCACUGACCAAGACUCCAGCCAGAAAGUCUCCAUAUCUGAGCAUGCUUGACACCCAGCCUAAAUGCCAGGCUAUCCUUGUGAAGAAUAAGGAAAAGGAAGCCAGUCAAGCCAAGGCUGAACAGACUGCAGCUGUUACCCCAUUCAAGUUUACAGCUGAGGCAGCACAGACUCCAGUCAGUAAUAAGAAACCAAUAUUUGAUCUCAAAGCAAGUCUUUCCCGUCCACUUCGAUAUGAACCACACAAAGGGAGGCUAAAACCAUGGAGGGAAUCUAAAGAAAAUAUGGCUCUGAAUGAAACAAAUAGAAUUGAUUUGCACAAAAAAACUUACAAACAGCCACAUCUCCAGACCAGAGAAGAGCAACGGAGGAAACAUGAGCAGAAAAGAAAAGAGAAGAAAGACUGUGUCCUUGGAACUCGAAGAGGACUAGUCAUGCUUGGGGACUAAUGAUGUGCCAAGCACUUUGUAGAUAUUCUUAAUUGUUAAUCUUUUAUGCUUCUGUAAAUAUUUCUAUAUUUGUUGGUCGUUGUAAAUUUCAUCCUGCCUGUCCUAACUCUGUUCUUACCCCCUGCUUGUAUAAUUGAUGGAUCUUUGGAGCUAUCAUAUUAACCUGCUACUAACCGCCAUGA